AUGGAAGUUGUAGGCUCGGCUAUGUUUACAACAAUGAGCCAACACCUGGAAGAAAAAGUGGUAAUAGCAGGCGAUUUUAAUGCUAUAACAAGCCAAGCGGAAAAGGAGGGUGGAGGCCAAAAAUCAGCAACCACCAUUGCAACAUUCACUAAUUUUAUUGACAGUAACGAAUUGGUGGAUAUUGGAAUGGUGGGGCACCCUUUCACGUGGACAAAUCGAAGACAAGGAGAGGAUUUGGUGAAGGAGAGGCUUGACCACUAUUUAGUUGGGAUGGAAUGGAAGAUGAAGUUUCCGAAUGCAGUGGUACACAGGCUCACAGAGUCAGGCUCGGAUCAUGCUCCAAUUUUGAUGGAAACCGAACCUCAAUCCUGGCAUAGUAAAAGGCGGUUUAAAUACCAGGAACGUUGGUGUGGAGAAGAGGAUGUCAAGAGAAUUGUCAGUGAAAAAACUCACAAAGCAAACUCCCGGAAAGAAAUUGAGGAUCUUCAAGCUAAACUAGAGGAGUUGCGGGUGGCUGGAAUCAAUGGGGGAGAGGAGGUUACCAGUUUGGAAGAGAAGUUGGAGCUGGAUGCGAAGGAACAGAAUUUGGAGAUUAGUGGGAGGGACAAUGAGAUUGCAUCGAAACCGGAGGAUAUUGCAAAGGUAGCUGAGGAAUACUUUUGCGAUAUUUUUACUUCUUCUUGUUCGGCUGAUCCGAAUCCAUACUUAGAGGAUUUGGAGUCUAAGGUUACAGCUUCCAUGAACCGUAGGCUCCAAAGGCCAGUAACUAUGGACGAGGUCAAAAGAGCUACAUUUAGUGUUCAUGCUCAGGGUGCUCCUGGUGAUGACGGGUUUACAGCUAAGUUUUUUCACUUUUUCUGGGAUAUAGUUGGAGGUGACGUUUUUAAGGCAGUGAGAAGUUUCUUUCACAGUGGCAGAAUUUUAAAAAGCUUCAAUCAUACUCAAAUUUGUUUGAUUCCAAAGGUGCCAGAUGCCAGUGACAUGACUCAGAGCGCACCUAAUACAAGCCAAAGCAUUCUAGAAUUGCUAGAGACCUAUGAGGGUUUUAGUGGGCAAAAAGUCAAUUUGAAUAAGUCGGCUAUCUUUUUUAGUCACAACACUCCUCAGAACACAAGACUAGCAGUUGCUCAGACACUAAAUAUUGAACAUAUCGGAGCACAAGACAAAUACCUGGGACUGCCCUCUAUAGUUCAAAAAUCAAAGAAAGCAACAUUUGGAGCUAUCAAGGAUAAAGUUCAGAAGAGGAUUAUGGAUUGGAAAAGAAGUAUAUUGUCAUUAGGUGGCAGGCACACGCUGUUGAGAGCGGUGGGGGAGGCGAUUCCUAUUUAUACACUCUCUUGUUUCAAGCUCCCGGACACGCUGUUGACUGAGAUUCAUAGCAUGCUCUCGCAAUUUUGGUGGGGUCAAAAAGGCGCAGAACGAAGCAUGGUUUGGAUUAAAUGGGACACAAUGACGAGACCAAAGAAAGAUGGAGGGCUGGGAGGUAUAUAUGAAGUUGGGUCAGGAUACAAAAUUGCUUAUGGAUUCUUUCAUUCUCCUACUUCAUUGAGGUCCCAGAACAUACACAACAGAGUCUGGAAUAGCAUUUGGGAAUUGAAAUUACCACAUAAAAUUAAGAUUUUUCUAUGGAAAAGUCUUCAUGAAAAGCUUCCAGUGUUGCAACAAGUUCACAGCUGGUUCGCAUCCACUCCUGCCACUUGUCCAAGAUGCAUGUUGAAGGCUGAAUCAAUUUCUCAUGCUUUGUUCCAAUGCCCCCUGUCUUCAAUAAUAUGGAGCCUAAACUUAAUAACCCCUGACCUAUGGAUGAGAGAAGAAGAAACUUUUUUCAAUUGGUGGCAACGAGUCUUAUCCUGGGCAGCGGCUCAAUUCGACGGUAGACAAAAGACCCUCCUCAUAGCGGCACUGUGUUGGAGCACUUGGAAAGCGAGGAAUCGAUGUGUUUUUGAGAAGGUAAUAAGCCCAGCACCAGAGAUAGUGAAAGAAGCUAGCAAUUUAGUGCGUGAACUCGUGAACCAUACCUGA